AUGCCAGCUACAUGUUGGUCGCGAAAUGACGAUACCUUGGGACCUCAGGUCCUGGGAUGCCGUGGAAACUUCGACUUUACAGUCUACUUUGAGGAAGUCGUGUUCAUCAUUGCUCCCGCGUCGCUGGCCAUUCUCUGCCUGCUGCUGCGAUUUCGACAGCUGCGGUCACGGCCGGUACUUGCGCACGCUGGGAUCCUAUUGGCGCUGAAAACUUGCACUUGGGUGUGUCUCAGCGCCUUGCAGGUUGCUCUGCUUGUACUCUGGGCAGUCACUGGCUCCCCCAAAACUCCAGCAAGCAUACCAGCUGCGGCAUUAGGCCUCCUAGUAGCAUUGGGCGGUACCGUACUAUCCCCAUUGGAGCACCGCUCGUCCAUCAGGCCAUCUGCCGUCCUCUCAGCCUACCUGUUUAUUACCAUCAUCUUAGAUAUAGCGGUGACACGAACUCUCUGGCUAGCUCUUACGAACAAUGCCAUUCCCAGCAUUUUUACGGCCAGUUUAGUAUUCAAGAUUGCUAUACUUGUCUUGGAGUCAUUGACCAAAGCAGGGCUUUUGUAUGACGAGAAUGAACAUCCCACCGCCGAGGAUUCGAGCAGCAUCUUUGGCCGCCUUCUGUUCCUCUGGCUUAACCCACUCCUUUGGAAGGGAAAUCGGCACGACUUAUCUAUAGAGGACCUGCCACGAAUUGGCAGUGGCCUAUCGCGGGCGGAGAGAUUCCCUGAAACAUGGAAACAAGAUUCUCACAAAUCUGACCGUCAUAGGCUUUUGCUUGUCCUCAUCGAGGACUUGAAAUGGCCACUUCUGGCGGGAGUGAUUCCCCGUCUUGGCGUGAUAGGGUUCAAGUACGUCCAGCCGUUCAUGAUAAGGCGAAUGGUCCGCUGGCUGGACGAGCCCCUGUCGGCAGACUCUCAGAACGAGGGAUACGGCCUCAUUGCGGCCUUUGGCCUUGUAUUCAUAGGAUUGGCUCUCUGCAAUUCGCGAUAUCAGCAUCUGUCAUACCGAUUGGUCGUGAUGAUUCGCACCCGCAUGAUCUCCGUCAUUUACCAAAAGACUUUUACCAUGGAUCUCCUGCAAGGUGAGAGCCGGGCUCCAAUAACUCUGAUGAGUACAGACGUGGAGCGCAUAUCUCAUGGGCUCGGCUUUCUCCACGACGUCUGGGGUUCCAUCCUUGAAGUUGCAAUUGCAACAUGGCUUCUCUGGCGGGAGCUCCGCGUCUACGCAGCCGCCACACUCAUCAUCGCGUCAACCUGCGUCGUCACCGCGUUGACGGUGGGCAAGCUCACCGGCCGCCGCCAGCAGGCCUGGAUCGAAGCUGUGCAGACGCGCAUCGCCGUCACCUCAAGCGCCCUCCCCCACAUCAAGGACAUCAAGUCGGCCGGGAUGGUGGACACCAUAACGUCCGUGCUGGAAAAGUUCCGCCUGGACGAGGUGGAAGCGUCCAAGAGGUGGCGGCGGCUGACGGUGCUGAUGGUGGCUGUUGGGUUCUACAACAGCGCGCUGGCCCCCGUCAUCUCCUUCACGUCCUACGUCCUGACCUCUCCCGAGGCAGACGGGGUGCUCACCCUGGACAGGGCAAUGACGGUACUCACCAUCUUCGCGCUCUUUGGUGCUCCGCUCAACAUGCUGUCAGAGUCGGCGAGUGGCCUCUUUAGCGGGAUCGCUUGUAUCGAGCGUAUUCGCCGAUUCCUUGUUUCGCCAGAUCAUCCUCAGAGAAAAGGAAGACUUGUCGAUGACGAAGUCCUGGCAAUGGGGGAAAAAGGAGAGCUGACCUCGGAGAAGGUAACGGCGACGAUAGCACUGACAGACGCCACCUUUGGCUGGAGCACAGAGAGCGAUUCUGGCCCAAGUGAACUGACUCUGUCGAUUGAGAAGGCGACGGUGACGGUCCUGGCUGGCCCCGUGGGCUGCGGCAAGUCGACGCUGCUGCACGGUCUGCUGUCCGAGAACUACCUCUUGAAGGGCGAUGUGGUCAUCAACCCAUCCAGAAUCGCCUACUGCAGCCAGACCCCUUGGGUCACAAACAGUACGCUCCGUGAGAACAUCAUUGGCUGCACUCCCUUCGAUGAGUUUCGCUACCAGGAGGUGAUACGAUGCUGCGGCCUCGUCCAGGACAUUGCCGCGUUGGCGAAUGGGGAUCAGACAAAGCUUGGCAGCGGCGGAGCAGCCAUCAGUGGCGGCCAGAAGCAGCGAGUGUCACUUGCCCGGGCGGCCUAUUCGUCGGCCGAGAUACUCCUGCUCGACGACGUGCUCAGCGGGCUGGACUCGAUCACGGCCCAGCACGUUGUGCACCAUCUACUCGGCCCAGAUGGAAACGGCCUCGGUGUCGCAGACACAGUCAUCUGGCUGGAUCGGACUGGUCGUAUUUCCAACCAGGAUACGGUGGUCGACUUGCCGAUACAAUCCAGCUCUUCGGUAGCUCCUGAUCCUCCUGGUAAAAGUGAGGAGGAAACGACCAACGCUGAAGCUUCUUCUGCAGAUGAGCGUUCGCCGACUCGGCUGGAACACGCUCUGAAGCAGCGAAAGGGUGACUGGCGAGUGCUCCAGUAUUACAUCCUGCGCAUGGGAACCACGGGAAUGAUUCUCUAUGGUCUUUUGAUGGUGAUCUUCACCUUCUUCUACGGUUUUGCUCCUGUCUGGGUUGAGCUAUGGGCCCAGUCCUCGGGCAAGAGGCUGAACAUGUAUGUUGGAAUCUACUACAUGGUCGCCGCGUCCCAGAUCCUAUUCAUCGGAGUUGCUGCUGGGUAUCUUCUCCUGGUACUUCUACCUCGUGCUUCUCUAAAUUUCCAUGACAUUCUCUUGAAAGCCACAACACAUGCACCACUUAGCCUUCUCACAAGUGUCGAUGUUGGGAUCACAACAAACAGAUUCAGCCAAGAUCUUCAACUGAUAGACACCGAGCUCCCAAUCUCUCUGUUCAACACAACGCUGGCCCUGGGUUACUGUAUCAUGCUUCUUGUCAUCAUAUGCAUCUCCGGCAGAUACAUUGCUGCGACCCUGCCAUUCUUCCUAAGCAUCAUGUUUUACGUGCAGCGUUCCUAUCUGCACUCCUCCCGCCAAAUCCGCCUCCUUGAUCUUGCGGCCAAGGCGCCCCUCUUCUCUCAUUUUUCGGACACGUUGGAUGGUCUCGUCACUCUGAGGGCGCUCGGGUGGCAGACAUCAUACGAGGAGCGCCUUCAAGAUCUGCUUACUACUUCGCAGAGACCCUUUUACGCGCUCUACUGCGUCCAAAGAUGGCUCAAUCUCGUCAUCGACCUGAUCAUCGCCGCAGUGGCCAUCAUCUUCUCCGGUAUUGCAGUGGCGCUGCACGGCUCGCUCAGCACAGGCCUUGUGGGGCUCGCACUGAUCAAUAUCAUCACUUUUAAUGGCAAUGUAAGGGUUUUGGUGGUUCAGUACACCAACCUGGAGACGUCUAUUGCCGCUGUAGCUAGGAUACGAGCAUACGAGAAAGCCACUCCUUCAGAAGUCCGCCCUGGGGAAGAACAAGAAGUACCCCAUGACUGGCCGCGUCAGGGAAGGCUGGAGAUUAUCCAGGCGUCGGCAUCGUAUCUCGAUCUGGACUAUCUUGUCCUCAAGAACGUGUCUCUUACCAUUCCGGCAGGAAGUAAAGUCGGCAUAUGCGGGCGGAGUGGCAGCGGCAAAUCGUCGCUUUUCGCCGUCCUCCUCCGCAUGCUCGAGUUGCAAGGUGGAUCGGUGCUCAUAGAUGGCAUAGACACUGCGGACGUGCCUCGGACAAAAGUACGGGAGCGGCUCAACGCCCUUCCCCAGCAACCUUACUUCAUCCCCAACACCUCUGCGAGGACCUGCAUCGACCCAUUCUCCCAGUUGGAAGAUGGGGAGGUGGUGGGUAUAUUGAAGGAGGUCCAGCUGUGGGACCAUCUUGGCGGUACUGAUGCUGCGCUGGAUCUCGUUGUCAGCGACAGCCUCCUCUCGCACGGCCAACGGCAGCUUCUUUCUCUAGGGCGCGCCAUGGCCCGUCGCGCGUCGACGGGCAACAUUCUGCUGCUGGACGAGGCGACGAGCCAGCUGGACCCUGACACCGAAGAGAUUGUGCGCCAGGUGAUCCGUCGGUGCUUCUCGGACCACACGGUCAUUGCCAUAGCUCACCGUCUAGACACCAUAGUAGAUUACGACCUCAUAGCAGUACUUGAUCAAGGCAACGUGAUUGAGGUUGGUGCCCCAAGCGACCUGUUGGCACAGCCGUCCUCCGCCUUUAGGCAGCUCUACGAUGGGCAGAAAGGAGGUAGCUGA